AUGAAUCGUAUAUUCGGAAGUUCUAAAAAGAUACCAAAACCAACACUUAAUGACGCAAUUGCUUCCACGGAUUCGCGAGUGGACGCUAUUGAAGUCAAGAUAAAAAAGCUUGAUGCUGAGCUGGCGAAAUAUAAAGAUCAAAUGAAGAAAAUGAGGGAAGGACCUGGCAAGAACGCUAUCAAAGCUAAAGCACUCCGGGUACUUAAACAAAGAAAAUUGUAUGAGAAUCAACGCGAUCAACUCCAACAACAAUCAUUUAAUAUGGAACAAGCAAAUUUCACGACAGAGAAUCUUCGAAAUGUGGUCUCGACUGUGGACGCAAUGCAGACAGCGAAUAAAGAGAUGCAGAAACAGUAUAAAAAGAUUGAUAUUACUCAUAUUGAGAAAAUUCAAGAUGAUAUGGAAGAUUUAAUGGAGCAAGCGAAUGAUAUACAAGAAACACUUGGAAGAACAUACGGACUGCCUGAGGACAUUGACGAAGAUGAAUUGGAAGCUGAAUUGGAUGCUCUGGGAGAUGAACUUUUAUUUGAAGAAGAGGAAGAACCCUCAUAUUUACAAGAAACACAAAUUCCAGAUAUCCCUAAUUCUGAGCUACUGGAAUUGGAAGGAGAGGUUGCUAAACUAGAACCAGGCGCUCCGGCAGCAGCAAUGAAAAAUGUCGCUUAA